UAAUUCCAAUUACCACGAACGCACCGUCACAGUACCAUUGUAAUUGGCAGAGAAUCGAAGCUCCGCCUUCACAUUCGUUGAUCCCGGAAAUGAGAAUACGUUCCACACAGACACGAAAGUCUGUUGCAAAGCAGCUUAAUUUUUACCCAAAACAAUCAUCCAGAUUUAAUUGGUCAGUUUUUUGGAAUCAAUGCAGCUUCUAUUUUAGCAUUGGACGAGCUCCUAAUGUACUUCUGACAGAUUUUUCUGAGCAGAGAGGACGAUAGUUGGUGUUUUCUCUCCAGCUAACUUCUAUAUGGAACAUGACAGCAACGACUGGGACGCAGUUUAUGUUGAGCAUCGGGUUAUUUGAGAAAGAUGUGAAUAAAGACGUGCUGUGGGUGUGGUGCUACCCGUCUGUGAGCCCGGAGCUCAGGCAGGUGCUGCUCAGCAAAAGCUGCCUGACUCAGGAUGGCUGUGAUUUUCACACGUUUGUGUUCGGUCAGUUCAGACGCAGCUGGUACUACAUCACCACGGUGGAGGUGCAGGAGCCCACGGCUCUCACCAAGGUCACAGACUUUUCAGUAGCUUUAACAGCAAAAGACUUCAACCCUGAGAAGUACGCCGCUCUUAAUAAAGUUCUCUGCAGGAUGUACCUGAAACAUGGCAGCCCAGUGAAGAUGAUGGAGGCCUACAUCACCGUCCUCACCAACGGCAUCUGUCAGAGCGACGAAAACGGCUCCUUCCUCAUCAAGGACUACGACGUCCAAAAGGCCUACCUGGCAGGUUCAGUUAAAGACGUGGUGUCUCAGUUUGGCGUGGAGACCAUCAUCUUGUACACCGCCCUGAUGCUGAAGAAGAGGAUGGUGGUCUUUCAUCCUCGAAUCGAAGCCUUGUUGGAGUUUACGAGAGCUCUUCCUGCUCUGACGUGGCACAGGAAAGACUGGUCCAUCCUGCACCCGUACGUCCACCUGACCCACGCCGAGCUGGAGGAUUUGAAGAAAUGCCCUGGGUACGUAGCGGGAUUCGUAGAUGCAGAAGUGAGCAACAGAUCGGACUUGUUUGAUGUGUUUGUGAACCUCCCAGACAGAGUCAUCACCGUGUCCCAGAGUGCCAAAGAGGCCAUGGCCAUGGGGAAGCUGCACAAGGACAUCGCUCAGGUCAUCGUCCAGUCUGCGGAGGAUCCCGACAAGUCGGAUGGUCAGGUCAUCAAGGACAUUUCCGUCAAGACUAAAGAAGUCCUGAACAACCUGGCUGCUCUGGCCGAAGAGUGCGACGACUCCAGGAUCACCCUGGAAGCCCUGAAGCGGCAUCACUUCCCUCCGGCCACCGAGAACUUCCUGUUUCAUCUGGCAGCUGUGGAGCAGCUCUUACGGAUUUGAACGGGUUCUCAGACUCUGCGGCUUAUAAGCUCAAAUCUGAGUGUUGCUCUAACGUUGGGAGGCUUGUGUAGAGGAAUGUUUGUUUUUAUUUUCGUAAACAUUCCUAGAAGAGACCAACGCCUCCAGCACCUGCUGGUUCACUGGCUUCUGCAACACCAGCCCCGUGCAGCUGCCCCCUUCUCGAUUUCUCUGGCAGGUUUUCUCAAUUUAAACAAAAAGGUGAAAUAAGAAGCUUUAAACUGUAGCAGGAGCUUCAUUAAUGCAGUCCCUAUUGCUGCAAAACCACGUCGUUACUCUCCUUUACUCCUCUGGAGAGGAGAGGAGGAAGAGGAAGGACCGGUGAAAAACAAAACGAGGAGCAGGUUUGUGGAUCCAGACCCAGAUUGGAUCACGACAAUCCUCACCUUUAGGAAUGCUGGUGAAGGUUCUCAGUCAUCCAGGUCAUGAUAAACCAAAAGGUUCAAAUGAAGACAGCUGGACUUCUUUAGUUUCUUGAAGAUGCCUCGCUUCUCAUCCAAGGAGCUUUGUUGGUUCUAACUGGAGUCUAGCUUAUCAGCUGCACAGCUUCAGCUGAUAAGCUAGACUCUCCCAUAAAGCUCCUCAGAUGAGAAGCGAGACAUCUUCAAGAAACUAAAGAAGUCCAGCUGUCUUCAUUUGAACCUUUAGGAAUGAAACCAAAACAUCUUACAAGUUCAUCAGAGACUCCAAAGGUUCCUCUAGAGGAGAAUCAGAGGUUUGAUAGAAAGUAGUUCGCAUUAAAGGUGUGGUUCACUGAAAAAACAUUUUAAUGAUUAUUUCUGAUUCUAACGGGUCACUCUGAGUGUUUCAUGCAGGCUGAACAUGAAAAUAGUCUCCUACACCUAUCUCCUGCAGUAGCUUCUGAAAGAAAACAGACGGUGAAACUCUAGGAUUAGAAAAUCCUGACAGAUCUACGUCACACUGUCACUAACAUUCAUGGACUCACCCAUCUAGACUCAACAGGGAAGGCUGUUGCUGAUUUAGCGUCCAGGAAACAGCAGAGAACAUCUCAGCUAGUAGAAGCUAACUGUUAGCAUUAGCAACUCCACCACACAGCAGAAGUCCUCCAGGCUUGUGUUAUUUGUGGAGGUAAAACAUCAACGUUGCAGAGCAAACAAAGUUGUGUUGCUGUUAGCCAAUCAGAGUAGAGAUGUUCACAAAUCAGGAAGUAAGAUCCCAAAUCCUGUCGUCUGAAGCUCAACUCAGAUCUGGCUCACUUCUAGUUCCUGAAACAGGCAUGUCUGAGCUUUUUAGCCCUCGAGUACGACCUAAAAGACAUCCAUCGCUACUGGAGACCACGGCAAACGUGUCGGUCAAAUGAGUGAACCACACCUUUAAUGAAGCUCUCACCACAGUUUAAGUAUUAUACACACUUUUUUGGUCUGAAUUGAGAAAAAUCCUCCAAUAAGAUUUUAAAAAGAUCUUCAAGUAGAAAAAAAAACCUCUUUGGGAAACAUUUAAUCUCUGAAUGGCCUCAUCUUAGAGAAAUAGAGACAGGUUCUUACUGAAUACAAAGUGUCAGAAUGGUUAGUUUAUGAAAAUACUAUUUAAUAAUUCAGGCAGAUUUAUGACACAAUCGACCAUGUGAUGCUGCACACGUUUAGAAAUAACAUUUUCUGUUAUUUGAGCUCCACACUCACCUUGCUGAUCUGAGCUAAUCUCGGUUUUUCAUACCUGAGGUUGUUCAUUGAGUGAGCUAUAACAGGUAGGAUAAUAUUCCACAUACUUUUAACAGAAACGCCGCAAAUUUCAGCCAUUUACAAGCACGCUAGUUGUAAAUCUUCAUUUCCUUACCUGUUAACAGCUUCUUGAACACCUCAGUUUGGAGAUAAACAGCACAUGUGCUACAGGACUGAUGGGCUAACAGCUAGUUGGAGCUCAGAUGCCAAAAAGUGUCACAUUUAUUCAUUUUUUACUCCUGAACUCCUAGUUGUGAUUCUUCUAAAUAUCUGAGAAUCAGGUCUUAGCUGCACUCUGACUAGCCAUUAGCUUAUCUGUCCUUAAGGACAUGAGCUCUAUUUCUCUGAACAGAGGCUGUUCAGGAAGCUCUACUAAAAAUUAAAGAGGAAUGUUACAGAAACAUUCCUCACAAACAGUCAGCACGUCGUCCUAUUCCGUUAGAUGUUGAAUGAAUUUAAUAGUUUUGCUUUUAAAGUUCAGAAAUGUUUUCUGUUGAUCUUGUUUUUUAGAUUUAACACCUUUGCCGAGUCCUGCUUUUCUUUUGAGGAUUAAUGUCCAACAUUUUGGUAAAUUCCUGUUUUAAACGACCUUUUAAAUAAAACUGAUUUUAGUAUUGAUCGAGGUUGGAUGUGAAUCCGCAACAGAAAGUAGAUCCUUAAUGUUACUUUCAGUUCUAUAUAAACACAGACACAGUAGAUAUACGGGUGCUUCUAUCUUCUAGAGUUUAUUACCAAUAAAAAAUAAAUACAGAAUCCAUCAGA